AUGAAGACACUGGGUGUUCCUUUAAGGCCUGUUAUUUCGUCCUGUAACACAGUUACUCACCCAUUAGACUUUUGGCAAGGGAGCGUUUUAUAUCCUCUUAGGGGAUCCUUCUCUUAUGGUCAUGUUAAACAUUUCAUGGAGAAAGUAAUAGCACUGUUGUUUGCCUUCGUAACGGCAGAACAGAAACGUGAAGCUGAACCUGGCUUUGGCAUCGGCCAUCCUUUUAUUCGUCCGUAUGGUAUUGGAUACGGCUACAGCACAGCCGUAAGUCACCAUCCGUACGGCAGCCAUUCCUCUGUCCACUCCUACAAUCACCUUAUCAAGAAACGUGAGGCUGAACCUGACUUUGGCAUAGGCCAUCCUUUUAUUCGUCCGUAUGGAAUUGGAUACGGCUACAGCACAGCCGUAAGUCACCAUCCGUACGGCAGCCAUUCCUCUGUCCACUCCUACAAUCACUUUAUCAAGAAACGUGAGGCUGAACCUGACUUUGGCAUCGGCCAUCCUUUUAUUCGUCCGUAUGGAAUUGGAUACGGCUACAGCACAGCCGUAAGUCACCAUCCUUACGGCAGCCAUUCCUCUGUCCACUCCUACAAUCACCUUAUUGGGAAACGUGAGGCUGAACCUGGCUUUGGCAUCGGCCAUCCUUUCAUUCGUCCGUAUGGUAUUGGAUACGGCUACAGCUCAGCCGUGAGUCACCAUCCAUACGGCAGUCAUUCCUCGGUCCACUCCUACAAUCACCUUAUCAAGAAACGUGAGGCUGAAGCUGAAGCUGACCCUAGCUUCCUUGGCUUGCUAGGUCCUGGAGCAGUUCAUGGUUAUGCCUCUGUUCAGUACCCAGGAUACGGUCUUGGUUACCAGUACAGCCAUGCUUCCCUUCCUGUCCAUUAUGGUAUUUACUGA